AUGGGCGCUAAUCUAGUGCACGUGCACGAGCCGUCAUUACAGUCACCUCAUGAGCAGACGACCACGUCCCUAGGUUCUCUCCAGUUCUCCGACAUCCUAGCUUCCUCAUCAACUUCUUCACUCCGUAUUAGAGAAUAUCCACAUAGACAACGGGAAAUGGUGGUCCCGCUCAUAUGGCAAGAGAGCACACAUACAAUCGACGUCCGCCCCCUCGAUCGCGAGGCGUGCAUAGAGCAGUCUCGCGCUGUCCGCCGGUUCCUCGACAUUCCUCUCCUCACGAAGUUUAUCGAUGGCUCGUAUAAGGACAUUUCAGAAGAGAAAGCGGAUAAGAGGAAUAGGUUUGUCAAGUUGAUGGGAAAGGGAAACGGCGCGAGAGGGACGAAAAGGCAGAGAGAGGGAGGUGGUGACUCACGUUCGUCGAGGAAGAAAGCGAAACGCAAUUCUGGCAAGGCCGCCCCUCCUGUCGCGGUGGUGAACGACAUAGAAGAUAUUAUUAUUACCGAAUCUGUGCCAGAUAUUUCAAUGGACGACAAUACUCCCGACCCUGUCACAAACGAGCACCAGCACACGUCCAACGACGCUGUACACGCAGUUGCAGCAGAGCCUGCGCCGACCAAGCCAAUGUUUACCCUCCUUCUCCAAGUCAACCUCAAGCUUGUUUGCGGUACUGAGGCGGCAAAUUUCUCCCCCUCCUCCAAGUUGCACAAGUUGUGCUCGCUGAACACGCUUCACAAGGAUGAAGAGGGCCUCAUCGCGCUCAUUCAGCGGUUACUUCAUCAUACCCCGUCUUCAAGCGGUCCUAUCGAGCUAGGACAUGUCAACCUACGCCCUUGGGGGACGAAUCUACAUGUGCAUGGGCGCAUCAAUGACAAACGCGAGACCUUGCCAAUGUUCACUUUCAAGCCGCCUGUGCCAUUCGGGGGAGAAGCAGAGGACUGGGACUUUCCUAUCCCCGUGUACUCUUCUUCUUCCUCCAUCCUGCACGCUGCCCUUCACCUGUGCGGUCUUCCCGAGCCGCGCGUGCGCAUACAUGCCAUCUUGCUCGCAGAUAACGCCGUCAUCACUACCUGGCGAGGAAAGCAAGCUCCUCUCGGGGUCCAGUUCUACCUCUCUGUAUCCCUCGAUAUCCUACCCUCUAUGCUCUCCGACCCCGGGUCGCUCCCUCUUCCGGCACAAGAAGCCCAGCGCCUUCUUCUGUCACACGUGUUUUCCCCUCCCCCUGGACCCCCCAACUAUCCCGGCUCGACAAACAUCCACUGGUUCUACGAGCUGCUGGGGCCAGCACCUGACCUUCCCGAAGGGGAGGAGGCACGCUAUCAACCGGAAAAGCUAGAUGCGAAUCUUCUUCCCUUUCAACGCAGGUCCGUGGCGUGGCUCCUCCAGCGAGAAGGGGUCCUCCUUCCCCCUACGUCCCAUGGCUCCUCAAUACCGCCAGUGGAGGACGCAUGCUUCCUCUAUCAGCGUGCCCUGAGCCCAUUUGUUCCUGCGGAAAAGGAACUAUGGUUCUCCCCCCUCAUGGGUAGUCUCCUCCCUUCCCCACCGUCCGACCUCGCCAUUCGCGCUGGGGCAGACGGCAUCAUCGGUGGCAUGCUCAGCGAGGAAAUGGGCCUGGGGAAGACACUUGAGUGUCUUGCGCUCAUCCUUCUCUCCCCUCCUCCUGUCAGCAGAGGCCCCGAAACUGUGCGUGCCCAGAUGGUGUACGACCUCUCAGGAGAAGCACGCGAGACGCGCGUGCGCGAAGUCGGGACAACGCUGAUCGUAAGCCCUGCGAGUUUGCAGCAACAAUGGGCGGACGAGAUCGCACUCCAUGCGCCGGAGUUGAAGGUGUUGGUAUAUAAGGGAUGGAAGAAGGAGAUCGAGGGCGUCGGAAAGGAAAGGAGGUCUGGAGGCAGGACCAAGGGAACGAAAGAUGAAGAGGAGAAGGAGAAUGAUGACGAUACGUUUCUUUCUACCUGGGCGACUGCAACCCACAAAUACGACAUCGUCCUAACGACGUAUGAUGACAUCCGGAAAGAGUUCUAUGUAUCCCAGCCACGCAAGCCUCGGCCAAAACGGGACACGGCUGUGUACACUCAUCCCGAGGGGGCAGACGCAGUCAUACGCAGCCCACUGGUCAGCGUCGAAUGGUGGCGCGUGGUCAUGGACGAGGUUCAGCAGCAGGGGGACGGCAAGGCUGCAUCGGUGGUCAGCUUGAUUCCGAGGCGGUCGUCAGUUGCUAUAUCAGGCACACCGGUGGAUGACGAGAUCCGUGAUCUGUUUCAAGUCCUCAAGUUCCUGCGCGUGCCCAUCCUUUCCGACUCUCCUCGUCUCUGGACGAGACUGCUAAAACCUGCUUUCGCGCCUCAUUUUCAAGAGCUCUUUCAACGUAUCGGGAUACGGACGCUCAAGAAGAAGGUUGCAGACGAGUUAACGAUCCCACCGCAACGUCGGUAUCUGGUGCCGGUUGAGUUGGGGCCCGUGGAACGACAUCUCUAUAACGAUCUCCUUGAUUCAGCCUACAGUGCCUUGGGUGUCGAUUCACUCGGAAAUGCUCUUGGCGGAAGCGGCGAGCUCGAGGUUUCUCAACUUCGCACUUGGCUGCUCCGAUUACGACAGAGCUGUACGCAUCCGCAGAUUGGUCAAAUGCACAGAAAUGACCGCGUACUUGGCGGUGCUUUGAGGACGAUUGGGGAAGUGUUGGAGCUCAUGCGGUAUCAGAAUCGGCAGAUUAUUCUCAAUGAGAAGCGCGAUAGACUCGCACAUCGAGUCAGACUCGCCCUUAUGCUGCAGCUCGACGAGUCCAAUGCUGCCCGAUGGAAACAGUCCUUGGAGCUCUUUCUUGCCCUCAAGUCCGACGUUCAAUCUCUUGUGGACGAAGUCAAAGGCAUUCUUGACGUGCAGAUUUUCGCCGCUCGAGCGGAGCGCAAGGCUGCGAGGGAGAAGGCCAACGGUCUCUCGGAUAGCUAUUUGCUUGAAGAUGGAUCUCGCCCUGCCAAGCGAAAGGGCAAGGAUGUGGAGCCAGAUGGGUAUGAGACGGACGACGACGACGAGUGGGCGCAUGACGAAGAAACCGCAGAAGAGAGCAAGGGCAGAGGAGUGCAUAAGGAGAACAGGGUCAAAACCUCCCAUGUUCGCAUCAGGGAGUGUUUUGUCCUGCAGCACAAGAUAUUUUUUUCCCUCGGUGAUUUGUACCACAAGGUGGCUAAGCAAGAGGAGGAUGCAGCGUACGCUGACGCCGAGACCGUGCGUCGUGCCGUGCUGAAGAACACGGAGGACCUAGCACUCCGCGCAAUGUACAAGCUUACGCACGAGGUGGCGGAGAAGGGUGUGAACGAACGAGAACUAGAGGUUGAACUGUGCGGUAAACCGGGACUGCGGGCCGGUCUGUUGUUCGAUGAAGCCAAUGACAUUAUCGAACUCCUGAAUGACCAGCGUGAGUUAUUAUGGAAGUGGCGCGGCAUGAUUUAUACUCGACUGACCCAGAAGCUCACGACUGCUGAAGGUGAAGAGGCAAGCGGGGAAGAAUACACGCAUGCUCUUGAUGCCCAAGGCGAAGCAGAAGCCUAUAUAGUCGUGUAUGCUGCCCUGCUCGCCGACCGCAAGGAGGCGCUUUCACAGGAGCGAACUAUCCUUGCGGUUCACGAAUCACGGGAGAAGAAGGCUCGUGAUACUCGAGCCGCUCUGAAUGCAGGUCUUGAAAAUACCUUGUCUGGGGCACCCGCCGCAAUGGAACCCCAGAACGAAGUAUUGAUGAGGCAAUUGACGGAUGAAAGAAGGAGCAUGCGAGAUGCACAUUCGAAGAGAUCCUUGAAGAACGUCUUCCCCGAGAUGAGUGGAUUGGCUGAUCGUCACGACAAGGAGAUGGAAGGCGUCAUUCUGAGGAGUGAAGCAAUGAGACUGAGGAGGAUCGUGACUGAUCAAGACGUACUAUGCAGUCGCCUAGAGUCGGAACUGGCGAUCUUUCGACAAGCCUUCAAUGGCCGUAUCGUAUAUUUCCGUCAACUUCAAGAGCUGUCGGACUCAGUAAUGGACUUUGACGUGAAGGAGCUUGGGGUCCAAUCGCUCGCGGAAGCGAUCCGCGAAGCGGAGGAGAAGGUUCACAAGUUCGACGACACAUUGCGUACACUACAAGCCAAGCAGCGCUAUUUGGAAUACAUGGAUGAGGGGCAGACGAACGAAGCACUAGGUAUGGACAACACGGAAACGAGGGAAUGUGUUCUCUGCGCGUGUGGAUUCGAAAACGGAUGCUUGACGGCUUGCGGACACAUUUACUGCGAGGAUUGCCUGAAUGCCUGGCUGAAGAAACGCGGGACCAAGUUUUGUCCCGUCUGCCGCCAACCAUUGUCCAAGCAAACGAUUCAUAGAAUUGUCUUCCACGCGGGGGAGAAGGUAGACGAGGGAGAAGAGCUUGUCGAGCCUGAAGGCGCCCACAUCGACUAUAACGUGAUGGAUCUAGAGCUACUACGCGAAAUAGACGACAUAGAGGCGCAUGGGAACUAUGGCAGCAAGGUGCAGGCACUUGUGAAACAUUUGUUAUACCUGAAGAAGAAGGAGCCUGAGGCCAAAUCGAUAGUCUUUUCUGCGUGGAUGGACUCGCUUAACAUUAUCGCCCGUGCGUUGCAGGAGAACGACAUCUCGUGCAUCCGCGUCGAAGCAGGGCGAAAUGCAGCGCGUGAGUUUAGACUCGACCCGGUGUGUCGUGUCCUACUACUCCACGGCGAGCGGGAGAACGCAGGUUUAAAUGUGACGUGCGCGAAUCGGGUCUUUCUUCUGGAGCCCGUGGUGAAUCAUGCGUUUGAGGUGCAGGCUAUCGGCCGGGUCGACCGAAUGGGUCAGACACGGAACACUGAGGUCUAUUGCUACUAUGCGAUUGAUACUGUCGAAAAAGGCGUGCUAGACCUAGCAGCAAGGAAAGGCGUGUCGAUCUACACCAAGGGGCAUGCACGAGGAACGCUGAAUAUGAGCGAGUUGGGGGAUGAAGGUUUGCGUAACUCGCCUAGAAAGGGACCGAAAGGCAAGGGUGACUUUAUGGCAAAGACCGACGAUAUGAUGGCCAUAGUGUUCCCACACCUGGCGGAAGUGCCGCAUGACGGUAGCGUCAUAGAAGUGGACAUCGAUGCUGAAGAAGAGAUGCAGCGAGAAAUUCAGAGGCGUCAAGCGGCAGCGGCGGCCGAACGGCGGAAGGCAAUGCAGGCCGGGCCGUCGAGCCGCCAGGAGGCGGGGUGA